UUUUUUUUUUUUUUCACUGUUGCCAUGAGAAAAACAGAUGUUAGUCAAAUGACUCAUAUCAUAAGUUUUAUAACCGGUUUAGGAAAACUCAUUUCUAACCCAAACUCCACGAAAUCAAACCCAUACCCGAUUUCCUUGACCAGUUUUCGAGGUCUACAUCUCCCUGUAAGGUUGCUAAAAUAAACUUUAUAGAAAGCAAAAUCAGAGAAGCAAGAUUCCACACCGAGACAUCUAGAAAUAAAGCGUUUUAAUGGUCUAUAUAUUAAAAUCUUCCGAUCCAAGCUCCUUUUGACUUUUUGUAAUGCUUUUCCACCAUAUAUUAUAUAUCGUCCCAAUAUAUUCCAAUUUCCGAUACAAUUGCCAAAUGCUGCUCCGAGUCAUGACAGUUAGCGCGGUUCCAAGAUCUUGGUUUCUGUUUCCUGUACUAAUCUUUUUUCUUCUCAUUGUCUACCAUGGAGCUGAAGCCAACAACAUUAAUGUUACACGAGUAGGUUUAAUCAUUGAUGCUGAUACUCGUAUUGGAAAAGAAGAGAGAAUCGCAAUGGAAAUUGCAGCUCAAAACUACAACACCAGUUCAAAGACUCAAAAAAUCUCUCUCUAUAUCCAGGACUCCCUCAGAGUCAUUUCUGCUGCUGAAGAGAUGAUUAUAGAGAAAAAGGUUAAAGUGAUUAUUGGCACACACACGUGGCAAGAAGCAGCUCUAGUAGCUGAUAUUGGAAGUCAAGCUCUUGUACCAGUUAUUUCGUUUGCGGCACCAGCCAUCAAUCCACCUCUAAUGCAACUUCGCUGGCCGUUCUUGAUACAAAUGGCUAAAAAUGGUUCCGAACAAACAAAAUGCAUUGCAAAUAUUGUUCAUGCAUACAAUUGGAAAAGGGUUGUAGUGAUUUAUGAAGAUGAAGCAUUUGGUGGUGAUUCCGGAAAGUUGGCACUUUUAACUGAGGCUCUCCAACAUGUGGGUGUGGAGAUUGAGUACCGUUUGGUCCUUCCACCAUUUUCUUCUAUGUCUGAUCCAGGAUGGGUUGUUCAUGAAGAGCUUGUUAAGUUAAUGAAAACACAAUUAAGAAAUUUUAUUGUUCUUGAGUCAUCAUUAGAAAUGGCGAUUCAUUUGUUCAGGGAAGCUAAGGAUAUGGGGCUUGUAAGGAGUGAUUCAACUUGGAUAAUUCCAAAUAGUAUUACAAGUUUGUUGGACUCUGUAAACAACUCGGUUAUUUCCUCUAUGGAAGGCGCAAUUGGAAUUAAAACCCAUUAUUCUGAAGUUACCUCAGAGUACCAUGAUUUUCAUGCUCAGUUUCGGAAAAUUUUCAGAACUGAAUAUCCAGAGGAAGACAACUCUGACCCCGGUUUUUAUGCUCUGCGAGCAUAUGAUAGUAUUAGAAUUGUUAUACAAGCGAUCGAAAGAAUGACAAGUAACAGAAGUAGUCCAAAGAUGUUGUUAGAUAGUAUGUUAUUAAGCAAUUUCACUGGUUUAAGUGGCAAAAUACAUUUUAAAGCAGGCCAGCUCUCAGACACUUCAAUUUUGAGCAUUGUACACGUUCUUGGAAAGAGAUACAAAGAAAUAGAGUUCUGGACACCAGACUUAGGGUUCUCCAUGAUCCCUUCUAUAGGAAAACCAAAUACUUUGGUUGCUCCCGUAAUUUUGCAGAGGAACUUACAAGAAAGUCCGAAAGGUUGGGAAAUGCCUACUGAUGCAAAGCCAUUGAAAAUUGGUGUUCUAGGUAGUUCAACAUUUGGGGAUUUUGUGAAGGUUGAUUACGGGGCGAAACUGAAUGAGAACAAUUAUUCUGGUUUCUGCAUUCAAAUUUUCCUUAAGGCACGAGAUUUUUUGGGAUAUCCUUUGCCUUAUAAAUUGGAGGCCUGUAAUUGCACCUACAAUGAUCUGGUUCACUUUGUCCACAAUAAGACUUAUGAUGCUGCCAUUGGUGACUUUACUAUAACAGCCAAACGGCUGCAAUACGUCGAUUUCACUGCUCCAUUCAUCGAGUCAGGUGUGGUAAUGAUAGCUCCGGUUAAACCUGUAGGGUCAGCAUUUAUGUUUACAAAGCCUUUCACCUGGGACAUGUGGUUGGUGACUAGUGCCAUUUUAAUAUACACAGUGCUCAUAGUUUGGCUGUUGGAGCACCAAUCCAAUCCAGAAUUCAGUGGCCCAUGGAGGAAUCAGAUUAGCACUGCACUCUGGUUCACAUUCUCCACUCUGUUUUUUUCACAUAGGGAGAAUAUCCAUAACAACUUGACACGUUUGGUGAUGGGAGUGUGGCUUUUUGUCGUAUUGAUCCUAACCUCGAGCUAUACCGCUAGUCUAUCUUCAAUGCUCACUGUGCAAAAGCUGGAACCAAAUUAUAUGGAGUUGUUAAAGAAGAACAACUUACCAGUUGGCUGUACCAAUUUGUCAGUAAGGAAAUACCUGGUGAACGCGUUUGAGUUCAAGGAACAGAAUAUCAAGAUCGUAAAGAACACCAUGCUUUUCGAACAAGAGAAUAUAUUUGCUGUCUUUCUUGAAUCCCCAUAUGAGGAAAUUUUCUUUAAGAAGAAUUGCAAGGAUUACACUAGAACCAGACUACUUACUCACGGAUUUGGAGGAUUGGGCUUUGUCUUCCAGAGAGGCUUGCCAAUUACAAGGGAUUUUUCUGAAGCAAUUCUUAAGUUGUCGGAGGCUGGAACUAUCUUGUCACUAAAGAAAAAAUGGUUUACUCCCCAAAAUGAGUGCUCAGCCAACAUAACUUCCAGCGAACCUGAAAGCUUGAGCCUCCAAAGCUUUGGGGUUCUCUAUCUAAUAUCUUUUGUCACUUCUACCAUUUGUCUAUUAUUAUUCCUAGUUCGCUUAUUUAUAAGUCGUCAGCUACAUCACAAUGCUUUCGAAGGAAACAUAACUCCAGGUGAAGAGAGUACUUGGAAGAAGGCAGUUAGACUUGUAAGAUACCUCUGUAUCAAAAAUCCAAGAAGAGCUCCAACUCUGGCAGACACAUCAGGUGCAAAUGAAUACUCUUUCAGGCGGUUAUUAAGUACAACUUUUGACACUCCAGAGUUCAGAGCAUCAUUAGUCCCAGUAGAAGUUGAAAUGCCACAAACAAAAGAUGCAUAGUACAGAUAUGGGUAUGGAUAUGACAUGGAUACGGAUAUACUUAGAAGUAUCCAGUAUAUACUAGUACGGUAUGUAUUAGAUACAAGUAUGCAUGUGAGCAAAAACAGUACGUGUGCAAAAAUGGAAUAUCCAUGCAUUCUAUCAACAAACUCUUGAUUGCUAAAAAGAAGCAAAAAUAUUUGAAUGCAGUCUUAGAUAUUAAGAUUUCC